AUGGAAGUAUUAUAUAAAAUUAAUGUGAAAAGAUCCUUAUUAAAAAACACUAUCCGAGUUUAGAUAAUGAAAAAGUAACUCUAUAUGAGAUUGAAAUAAAUGAUGGUGAUAAAGUUUGGAGAAUUGAGAAAAGGUAUCAUCACAUUCUUAACUAUUAGAUUUAAUUAAUUUAAGCAAUUGAAUUAAAGAUUAAGUGAAUAUUUUGGAAACACCAUUCCAUUGUUACCUAAACAGACCUACACCACUUUUAUUGUUAAAAAAACAGAGUAGGAAAUUAUAGAAAGGAAAAAAGGAUUGGAAGAGUACCUUAAGUAAAUUAUAUAAAAUGAACAAAUUGUAAACUCAAUACUUUUUAAGGAAUUCAUCCAAUCUCCCUCUUUCACUAUUUCAAAACUAUAAUUAGAUAGUGUAAGAACAUUUGAUUUGGGCCUUAGAGAUUUUUAUUUCUAUGAAGACGCAAUAUUCGUACUACUUUGUGAAAUGAGCCCAUUAAAUAGAGCAACCACAAAUUUCCAUAAUAUGAAAUUUCCUUGGUAAGAGGAUAUCGAUGUAUCUAAUCUCAAACCUUUAGGAUACUUGGAUUGUUUAAUAGGACCUUAAAUGAUAUGGAGAAAGAAAUAUAAUUCAUAACCAAUUUGCAUGAGUGUUAUUAAGGACAAUAUUUUAGUAGGGUAAUUCAUACUGUUAUAUUUUUAGUUUAGAUAAUGGAAUUAUCAAUCAUCUCUAAUUCAAAUCAAAAAAGCAUUUACUAGAAUCUUAGGAUUACUAGUAGCAUACUGCUAGGAUCAUGGGUUUACAUAUUUAUGGAGAGAACAUCUAUUCAGUAAGUAAGGAUUAGAGAUAUCGUGUUAUGAAUUUCAAAAAGGGUGACACUUUUAUAGGUAACAUCGACAUCCUAUCUUAAAGAUCUUUAUCAUAAGCAUGAAUUAACUUGUUUGAAAUUUGAUGAAACCAGAGAUUAUGCAUUUAUAGGAGAUAGAGGAGGAAUCAUUUAUGCUUAUCAUUAAGCUACAUUAAAAAUCAGUCUCGAUACAAAUUUAUAAUUUAUCAGAGAUCUUAUUAUUCAAAAAUCUCAUGACACUAUCAUUGCUAUUGGAUUUCAAACAGGCCAAGCAAUCAUACUAAAUAUUUUCAAUAAAGUACUAAUAAAACUAUAUUAAAGGAAGUUUAGAUGCAAGAGGCUACAUAAUUCAAAAAUAAAAUUAAAAGCAGAUGCAUUGCUUGGUCUCUUUUAAGAGGAGAGGCUUAUAUUGGAAAUUAGGAAGGGUUUGUUACUGUGUGGGAUAUUCAAAAAAAAAUACCAAUUUAUGAAAUCCAACUUCACAACGGCCCUAUCACGAAGAUAUAUUGGAAUGAUGAAGAAGAAAUGUUAUACACAGCUAGUAAAGAUAAAACCUUAAAAGUUAUUACAGUAAUCUUAUUUUUUAGAUCACAUUUUUCAAUAAAAAUAAGAGAGAUACUUAAAAUUAUUAAAAUAGAUAAUCCGGUAUUCUCUAGAACGUCAAUUUAUGA